AUGGCCGGCGACACGGCACCGCACGUCGUGGAGGAUCUCCUCGGCAUCGUCCAGCUCCUCAGCGACGGCUCCGUCGUCCGCGGCGACGAGUCCGUCCUCGGGCCAAAGGAGCCGCUCCCGGACGUCCCCGGCGUGGAAUGGAAGGACGUGGUGUACCACGCGGCGCACGGCCUUCGUGUCCGCGUCUACAGGCCGGCGUCGGCGUCGUCAGUGGCCGGCAGCGUCAAGCUCCCGGUGCUGGUGUACUUCCACGGCGGCGGCUACUGCCUCGGCUCCUUCUCGCAGCCGACCUUCCACGCGUUCUGCCUCCGCGCCGCCGCCGAGCUCCCGGCCGUCGUGCUGUCCGUGCAGUACCGCCUCGCCCCCGAGCACCGCCUCCCGGCGGCCAUCGACGACGGCGCGCAAUUCCUCUCCUGGCUGCGCGGCCAGGCCGAGCUCGGCACCGGCGGCGACCCGUGGCUCGCGGCGUCGGCGGACUUCGCCCGGACCUUCAUCUCCGGCGUGUCGGCGGGCGCCAACCUAGCCCACCACCUCACCGUCCAGGUCGCCACGGCGCGGCUCCCAGUCAGCCCCGUGCGCGUCGUCGGGUACGUACUCCUCUCCGCCUUCUUCGGCGGCGCCGAGCGCACGGCGUCGGAGGCCGACCAGCAGACGGGCGUGACCCUGCCUGUGGAGAUAUGCGAGCAGCUCUGGCACAUGUCGCUUCCGGUCGGAGCGACCAGGGACCACCCGGUGGCCAACCCGUUCGGGCCGGAGAGCCCCAGCCUCGCGCCGGUGGAGCUCCCGCCGGCUCUCGUCGUGGCGCCGUUGGGCGACGUGCUCCGUGACCGCGUGCUGGGGUACGCGGCGAGGCUCAAGGACAUGGGGAAAGACGUGGAGCUUGUCGAGUUCGAGGGACAGCAGCAUGGCUUCUCUGUCCUUCAGCCGUUCGCCGAGGCGGCCGACGAGCUGAUGCGAGUCCUCGGACGGUUCGUGUACCAACGUGACACGCCCGCUGAGCGCUGA